AUGGCGUCGCGCAAGGUCAAGCCCUCCGCGUCGCCGGCUUGGUAUGAACCUGCUCUCGACGCGCCCAAUGUCUCGGAGAAGAGGCUCGCCGCCACGCGCUUGCUGGCGGCGCGGGAGAGCAAUGAAAGGGGGAAGACGGAGCUCCGGGUUGCCUCCAACGUGCCGAAGCCCGAGGGGAGCAUGUUCUUCCCCUUCUUCACGAGCAGUAUCACCGCUGGGCGCGUGCGCGCCCCUUGUGGGGGCUUGGAGAUAAGAAGACAAGAUUCGCUGAGCUCGGAGGCCUUGCCCGACGACGAGCUAUCCGCGGUUUUGCGCCUCUUGGUCGGGGACAACCAAGAGUACCCACCGAGUGCCUUUGUUCCUCUAUUCCACCGCACGGACUGGGAGCAGGUCGUGGCUUCUCGGCCAACUUUUGAUAGUCGCGGGCUGGUGCUGCCGGCGCCUACUGGGGUCCCUGCGGUGCCAAAGCCGGUGGAGCUGUCUUCUGACGAGUCCCGUGGGGAGGAAGAAGACUCAGAGGUGACUCCUGAAGGGAUGGGGGAGACCUCUCCCCUGAGCAAAGCCGACAUCCUCCGCGCCCUGCCUGAUGACGCCGAGACCGACGCCCGCCAGGAGAAGGGGGAGCUGCCCGUCAUCCCGACAAGGGGCAGAUCAUCGCUGGUCUCUCGAGAUGUUACUCCUGCCAUGGCGCCGUCUGGAGCUGCUUCCGGCCCCUCCGCUGCGUCGGGUUCUGCUCUCGGAGCCAGCGUGCCUGCACCUCAAGCCUCGAGGCUCUCAGGCUUCAAGCUCACCAAGCCGCUGUCUUCGGCGAAGAAGAGGAAGGGGGAUGUUGCGACCAUGCCCCCCUCCGCGGAGAAAGGAGGCGACAGCACUCGCACCUCCCCGGCCCGGUCGCCCUCGCGAGACCAGGAGGAGCAUCUUCACGAGUCAGUCCCCGAGGUCCCGCUGGCUCCGGAAGUGCCGAUGUCCGGCUCGGCGACCGAGGUUCCAAAAUCUCAGGAGCCCUUGGUCUCCCAGGCUCUGGUGAUGAUGCCGUCUCCUCUCCCUGCUGCGCCACUACUUCCAGGUUCUUCUGCCUCCUCUGCUGUCUUGGAGCGUGCCCUUUUGGAGAUUACCCAGCCGCGGGAAGAUCUUCUGGGCGCGGAUCCGCGCCUGGCCGUGGCAGCCUCCGAGAAGGAGAAGCAGGCCGCCGCCAAAGCUACAGCCGAUCGCGAGGCGGCGCGGAAGGACGUUGUGGCCGCCCACGACCGCUGA